CGAACAUCCGCUGGUGUGCGUAAUAUCCGCGCACACAAAGAAAACACAGCAUAAAGAAAAAAGGGCUGCUGACGAAAGUUAGCUCCGUGCAGUGGUGCCGUAGUUUGCUGGUCGAUUUUGGUUGUUUUGAAAAUUUGCCCUUCACCGUGCGUGUGUGUGAAAAGCGCAACUACUGCCGAUAAGUCGUGAAUCAUCGUUCAUUCGUGGCAUCGUGAAAAAGGUGUUGGAAAAUGCAGCAGUGAAGGCCAGUUCUGUUGUAUGACGGUGUGUUCCUAUUUGCACGGUGUGUAUUGUUUUGUGAGAUUGUUCAAAAGGGGAAACUGUGUGUGUGUGCGUGUGUGUGUAUGCGCUUUUCAGUGGGGGUACAAAGAGGAUGUGAAAAGUCGAAUUCACAGUCCCAGUCUGUGUCUGAGGAAAAUUCGCCAGUGGAAGAAAAUACGAGUGCAUUUGAUAGCUUCUGCCAGUCUGGUGGUUAAUGCUGUUCUGUGAAACCAAACUCAACCCAACACUGAUUUCUAAUGUAAUAGUAUGGUAUCACGGUUCGAACGCCUAAUGGGGUGCUCCUCUAUCCCGAUAGGAGAGACCUCGCCUGAGUCGGUGGCACAAUGCUCGGGCCGGGGCGACUGUCUGAACGGUACGUGUCUGUGCGAAAUUCGCUACAGUGGCGAAGAGUGUUCCGGGUUUAAUCUGCCCUACCAUGCCGGUAUUUCGGCCGUAUUCUACUUUGUCGGCUUUGUCUCGCUGGUGCAGCUGAUGAUAUGCAUCAUCGCGGAGUACCAGCGGCUGAAGCAGCCCAGCUUUUUGGCCGCCUGCCGGCUAACGACCCAGAAGCUGCUGUACUUCUUCGUCUUUGUGGCGGCCGUGCUGCGUGGCGCUUACUUUACCACGCCGGAAACAUUACAACCGGCAUGGGUGUCGUAUCUGAUGUCCCUGUACUAUCCGCUCGUCAUGACCUGCGCCUCGCUCGUGGUGUGCCUGUGGGCCGAGAUCUUCCACCUGCAAGGCAUCCGCUGGGAACGGUCGCAGUUCCUGUCGAAAAGCUUCCUCGGCUUUCUGGCGUUUAAUCUGCUGCCGUACAGCCUGUUUCUGGCGGAGAUUGCGUACUCGCAUCUGUUCACCGGGCGCAGCACGUCCUUCUUUAACGGAUGCUACGCGGUGCUGCUGCUGAUCGUGGUCAUCUUUUUCCUCAUCUACGGUGUGGAGGUGUUUUUCAAGGUGCGCGGUGGCUUCGUCUAUGACUUUGGCGUAGUGCCGAACAGCGAAAAUGUGAACGCUUCCCAGCUGCACCAAUCGCGCUUCGGUUUGCUCAGCCAGGCGAUCAUGAUGAUAGUGAUCGUCGGGUUUCUCACCUCGGAAACACUGGGCGACUUCUGGAAGAAGAAGGUACCGGUAUACUCACGCAACUGGCACGACAUCGUAUUCCGGCUGGCGGAGGUCGGCGUUGCGCUCUGGUUCCCGUGCUGCCUCUGGAACUCGAUGGCACCGGAGCAGCUGUGGAUCUUGAACCCGCGCAAGCUGCUCACGCGCCAAAUCGAUCCGGUUGCGGGCAGCUCGUGUGCGGCGGGAACGGCCGAAGCACCGGCCGAACCAUCGACCACCGCGGAAGAGGGACAAUCGUUUUUGGCGAAGAAAGAUUGCUGGAUCUGUUACGACACGGAGAAGCCGGAACCGCUGAUCCAACCGUGCAAGUGCAUCGGUGACGUGAGCUCGGUGCAUCACGAGUGUUUGCGCCGCUGGCUGGUGGACAGCUGUGCCAACAGUGACGCGGUGCUCAAGUGCAAAGUGUGUGACUCGCCCUACGAAAUCGAGCGAUCGAACAGGCUCGAUUGGGAGAAGGGUUUCACGAUCCAGCACUGGGCGAAAACGAUCAUCAUCGUGACGCUGAUGUGCAUCACCGGUGCGGGCGCUUGGGUGAUCAUCCAGCUGAACGAAGACUCGUUCGUGCGCGUCCUGGUCGCCGGGUUCGCGAUCAUCAUCGGCUACAUACUGUUUAAAAUGCUCGGCGAAAACACGGUCACCGCGAUCCAGCGGGCAAAGGUGAGCUCGAUCUACAUCGUCACCUCGGUGAACGAUCUGCAAACUUAAGGAGGGCGGGCGUGCUUGCACCCUCUUCCCCUUUUGGGGUUUGAAUUGUAUGUCGAACAUUUUUGGGGCUUUUUCGUGCGUUAGGAUGUUAAGCGAAAACACGUGAUUGAGUGCGUUGCGCGCCCGAGGCGCUUAGCAAAUUAGCGGUAUUUUGGGUUGGUAGAUCCUUUCGUAUGUCGUUGAACGAGACACACACACACCACAUGAAAACCUCCCUAAGAUGAUUAGGUAGAAAGGCGCGAGAGAGAGGGAGAGAGAGAGAGAGGAUAGGAUUCAUUUAACGUUUUAGCUCCCCUUUUGUACAGGGGAGAGCAAGCACGGGAGGACACAACAUAUUUACUGCAUCUGCAGAACCCCUUACUCAGCAAUAUCUAUAUAUAUAUUUACAUAUAUACAUAUUUAACCAUCCGGGAAUCCUUUAUCCUUCUCCAUACAAGCACACGAACCUACCGAUCCUUACAGCUACGAAAUCACGUUCGUAGGACGAGAUAUUAGCGAACCCCCCUGUCUGUCGCGUGUCCUCCGCGAGUUUGGAGCUUUCGAUUUCGAUUGUAAAUUUGUUUGGUAUUGGCUUUAAUGAACAGCAGACAGAAUCCUGUGAAUGUUUCAAAUCAUCUAAAAUAAUCGCAAUCAAGCAAAAGCUCCAGACCUGGAAUGGGGGACACACACACAAAAUAAGCGCCUCUCUCUCUCUCUUCCUGUCCCACUGUUUCGUGUGUAGAUGUGAGCGAUGUUCAACAGAUGGAUUUUCCACAGUUUUCUUACACCCCAAUUACUCUAAUACGAAUGCGUGUGUGCGUGUGUGUGUAGUUUGUUUGAAUUUUUCUAUUUUACAUUGUAUAUGCAGCAAGUGAUAUUGAGUUAUGCGUGAACGUAGUUUUAAAACCGACCGAAAAAGCUGGUUAAACAGAUAAGUAAGCAACAGUAGUAGCAAUUAAGUUUCCUGUAAGUGUAUAGUUUGAACAGUGAUCGUAGUACGCCCGGAGUUACAUAUGGUGGUGUGUAUGAGGGGAAAAGAUACUUAGCCAGAAGGGCAGAGAGUACUGAGAGACGAUCGUAGGAAUAUGGAGCCAAACAGGAUCAAGCAUGCAUUGGUGAAACGUGGCGUCCCACGUGGUGAACACAUUUUGGAGGACAAUUCAAGGAAUUCUGUUACUGAUGGGUUAGUGAUGGAAUUUAUGUUGGUGAUUCGAAAUCAUUUUAUUUUAUCGAUGCAUGAUCCGUUGACGCUUUGAAAGCCAAGAGCCGUGGAAGCUCCUUGACCGUGCUUAGGACUGGCGAAUACUAAACUAGUGAUAUCAUUAGAUCCUAUAACCAUUUCAUAUUUACCGUAUUAUACGUUUUCCUGCUUUAGUUGAUCCGCUUCUUUUACAAUUCGGUUUUUAGUUCGAAAUUGUGGGAAAGCUCCUGCUUUCCUACUGUAAAAUAAGUAGCGUUGUUUUACAUCGAGCGAGAAGAGGGUUGUGUGAGAAAUGAAUUCUGCAGACUGUCUAGCGAAACCUAACAUGAAGUCACUAAAUCGCAUCGCUGUUAGUAAGUAGAUCAAUUCCCUACCCCCAAACGCUAGAUGAAAGCUAGAGAGUGGCACUGGCUACCAAAAACGGGAGCAGGAUUGAUUGGACACCUACACACACUAGUGAUGGGAAUAGCCUCUCCGUAACGUGAAUGAGUUAGAAUUGAAUCUUAUACUCACUCUUCAAGAGUUAAAUCUCGAGCAAUGAUUUAACUCUCCGUGCUCGGCUAGUCGGCUCACUUACUACGUUUUAAACUCACUUACCUCGUUUUGACACAAUCUUCUUCUUCUUCCUUGGCACUACAACCUCGAGAGGUCUCGUCUCGGCCUGCCAUAUUUUUGGCUUUCUGUGACUUGAUUUUACCCCCAUAAGCAAAGUAGUUAGCCCUGCGUAAUCAGUACUGUUUUAAUUCGCUCGCUUUAUCAUUAUGUUUAUCUGAAACGUAAAUUGUACUUACUGCAAUCAUGUUGGCCUCGUGUUUUAAUUUGCCAGAGAGCAAUCUUUAAUUCGCGAGUGAGUGUAAUGCAUAGCGAGAGUGAGUUAAAACGCAAGUGAGUGAGUGGUUAGUCGGCACGGAGAGUGAAAUUACAAAUGAGUGGCAGUAACUCGGCGUGAUGAUUUAAAUCAUCUAAUUCAUUGCUAAGAUUUGACUCACUCACUCAUUCUGACUCAAUUUGCACAUCACUAGUACACACGUGUUUGUAAGAUCUCAACACACUCCCGAGUACGAGACGUUCAUCAUCAUUAGCAGCGGGAGGGUAGUGUAAGUGAAGGAGCUAUCUAAGUGUGACGUGACAAAAAAUGGCGCACGAGAGUGAUCGAAAACUACCCCCAAAACUUAGCAGAGCGUACCUAGCUGAACUGAUUAGCACAAAAAAAAAAGAAAAAAACAACAGAUAAGUAUUUAGUUUACAGAAUUUAAAACAUUGAGGUGAUUGAUUUAGUGAGAAGAACGGGGGUGUGCGCCACAAAGACUUUGGUCGCGGUGGAUGCGGGCAAAAAUGAAAUUCUCUUUUCCCUACACAUCCGUUACACAACUGUGUUUACUGUUUUUCCCAUUUCCCUGCUUCAUCCUUCCUAACUCUAUUGUAAGCGCUAUAUUAUUUACCCUCCAUUAUACUCUCUUUUCUGUAAGAUGUAAUAAUCCUGUAACCGAUUUACCUGCAAAAAAGUGUCAAUUGAGAAGUGUUUCAUUUCGAUUCGCUUUCAAAAAGAAAAACAAAAAAGUGUGUGUGUGUGUGUGUAUUUUGAAUUCGAAACAGCGAGCGAAAUGAGUUGGCAAAAAUCCAGGAGGAAGAAAAAAGGGAGAAAAGAAAGUAAGAAAACUGAAGGCAAUGUAACACUGAAGUAAACCAAAAAAUGAAAAACUCUAAACCUAACAGAAAAGCACUGACAGAAUUUAUAUUAAAGAUGUUCAAAACAAAUAUGUAUUUUCUUGAACAAUAUGCAAGGGCGAAAGGAAGAAAAGAGAAAGCAAAAACCCGCAUAAACAUGAAGCGGCUAAAGCAUUUGACAAGUGAAGCAAUACAAAGGAGAAGAGAGAAGAAAAAUACAUGUUUUAGAUUGGAAGUGAAAUUGGUGGGAGGAAAAAAACAAAACGAAACAAAAAGAAAAACAAAACAAACAUGUGUGUGUGUGCAUUAAAAAAAAAUGAUAACAAACAGCCUCAAAGGCUAAAAGAAUUAAACGAGUGCGAGAGGAAGAUAAAACACAAAGGAGAAUAUAGGAGAAAAUAUAUCUUUAGAAACAAAACAAAAUAGUAACAGCAACACAUAAGAACCAUCAUCAGUCAUCAUCAAUCAUCAUCAACCAUUCAUCAUCGAAACACAACACAACACAGUCUGGUCUCCCUGGUAGGCUUCCACAGCCGGCUCUAUAGCCUACCUUCGAAUGGCACUUCAAAUUUGAUCACAACACAUCAACAUACUCACGAACACACAUGUGAAAAUAAGUACUUUUUGCUCUAGUAAUUGUAGUGUAUAAUAGUGGAAAAACAAGCAAACAAACAAACAAAACCGACAAAAAGCAAGCUGAACAAACGUUGUACUCUAGCGAGAUUGCAGUAUCUUCAAAUUUGGAUGAACACUGUCACACUGUAAAUGGAUGCAAACGAGUGAAAUAUUAAAAUAAUAUAAACUGAAAUGAAAUGAUCAAACUGUGAAGC